UCCAAGGGAAGGAAGACAUGACCUUCUGAGAGAUCGCUCGAGUCAUCCGAAGAUUUAGGGUUGCGAUUGUGCGGAUAUGUGAGGGCGAGAGCGGGAUUGACUCUCACAGCUGAUCGGGCUACCAUUGUAGUUUCCUGCCGUCUCUCUCUUAGAUAUGUGCUGGCGUGAUUGACUACGUUUGUUCGUCUGCAUGUGCGAUCGUGUCGGGUCGUUACCUCGUCGAGGAGGAUGAGUACGAUUGCCUCUCAUGUAUAUCACUGCAAGAUCCUCCUCCCAUCGUUUCUCUCUCGCUGUCCCAGGGUUCAUUUCGUUAGCUGUUUCCUGCUGCUGCUGAUGGGCAUCGCAGGCGCCAGCGACCAUGUGAUCACCAACGAGCGACCGGUCCUUGGGCCACGGUUAUCGACGACCACCACUACCGAUUCCUCCUCCGUCAGCGGGUCAACAUUAACCCACGACGUGCAUGGAAGAUGGCUGACGGCGAUGGCGUCUGAAAUGCCGCCAUCGUCAUCUCCUUCGUCUUCGCCAUCGCCAUCUCCUUCGUCUUCGUCUUGGCCAUCGCCAUCUCCUUCGUCUUCGUCUUCGUCAUCGCCAUCGCCAUAUCCUUCGGCUUCGGCUUCGUCUUCGGCUUCGGCUUCGGCUUCGUCUUCGGCUUCGGCUUCGUCUUCGCUAGUUCAGCCACCACCAACGACUCAGUCCGAUAAGGAGCUGACGCUGUUAACGGCCACACCGUUUGGUUCCGUUAGUCCCGCAGCCAUGCUCGUUCACACACGUUCUCUCUCCUUUCAGUUUCAGUUUGAAGAUAGUGGGUGGUCCUGCGCAGAUGUCAUACGCGACCUCGCGUUUCACCCUGAUGGCAGCGAGUUGUACUUGAUCCUCGACGAGUACUGCAAUUUAAACGAUACCCCUCAACGGCAGCGGAUGUCGAUCCGAAAAGUAGAUAUGGAGAGGGUCCGUGAAGGGUUCACCUAUCUUGAUGACCAUGCAGUGCUCAGCUACUGGUGGCCGUUCGAUUCGCGCAACGGAUCUCGAGAAGCCACGGCUUUCUUCUACGAGCCCGUGAUUCACAGAACGCUGCUGUCCAUGGCUGUAAUCAACGGCCUGGAUCUCACGACACGGGGCGAUCAGCUAAUCACUGCGGCGGCGCCGAUGACGGUAGGCGAGCAUUCGUACCUCGUCGCGAUCUCGACCGUCGAUGGCAACCGACAGCCGAUCUCCGUAGCGGCAGAUGCGCUGAAAAGCGUCGCAAUCAAUCCGGAUAGAACGCGGCUCUACGUGUCAGACACGAAGCCGCCAGCUCGCAUUCUCUCAACGGAGCUGUCAGAUAGGUAUCAGAUGAAGCUCGACAGCGCAGUGUGGGAGGUGGUUGGCAAGCUCCCGGUGGGCGAUGAUGACGUCAACAUCUCGGACAUAGCAUUCGGCCCAGACAGCUUCGUGGCGGACGAAAGCUGUCUCUACUUCGUCGAUGGACUAAACGAUCGCGUCUGGGGACUAGCUUCCCUACCCUCCUCCUCCUCCUCCUCCUCCUCCCCUUCCCUCUCCUCCCCUUCCCUCUCCUCCUCCUCCUCAUCAAGCGUGACUCUAGUCGCAGGCUCUGGCCAGAGAGGAUCGAACGAUGGCGAUGGCUUUAGCUGCUCGUUUGAUGGCCUGGGAGAUAUAGUGACGACCCCAGACGGAUGUAACGUCUUCGUGACGGACUUCAGCAGAGGUCUGCUUCGCUGGUUGAAGCUGGACUCUCCCUGCAGCACGGCGAGGCGAGUAGAGACCGUCGGGAGAUACACCGGCUUGUGGGCUCUGACACUUAGUCGAUUUGGCAGCGAGUUCAGGCUGUACGUUGGAGCAAGCGACGGGUCUGUGUUCGAGCUCAUCAUCGACAGGUCGGAGUUACACGCCUGCGCGCGUCCUCCCUCUGCCAGCAUUGCCAACGACUCCGCUCCAGCGCCAGAUUCCGCUUCCUCUGCCCCGCCUUCCCCCUUCGACUCCGGUGCUCCCUCUUCCUCCUCCUCCGCCGGCUCUCCGCGGCCGCCUCGUGUCUCCCCUCCACCCCCCCAGCCCUCCUCCUCCUCCUCCUCCUCAGGCUCUCGCAAGCUCGCUCUCUUGAUUGCCCUGCCCAUCUCAGCUGCGGCCUUCCUGAUCGCGUCGACAUGCAUGGCUUUCCUCCUCGUCCGUCGAGCCCGUCGGCAGGGGAGGAGAUCGCGAUCCAGAUCCAGAUCCGCCGGCUCGUCCUCCUCCUCCUCCUCAAGACACGUGGGCACUACGAACGAGACGCCAGUCACGGGAUCCGGAUCCUCGUCGGGAGGAGGAGGAGGAGGCACAGGGAGGAGGAGGACGGGAGCGCCGGGAUCGGGACUCGAUCUCUGCAAAGUCCGCCGAUUCUCCUUGGCCGAUCUGUCCAAUUGCACAGGCAACUUCAGCGACGACUACCGCGUCGGAGCCAGCGGCGCGUUCGGCAGUGUGUAUUGGGGGGCGAUUGGGGAGGAGGAGCUAGCGAUCAAGCUGAUGACCGGCGAUCUGACGGACGAGAAGCGAAACAUGUUCGUUGCGGAAGUGAACACUCUCAGUAGACUCCAUCAUGCCAAUCUGAUCAGAUUGGUCGGAUACUGCGACGAGGGGAAGAGGUCCAUCUUGGUGUACCCUUACUUUCCAGGCGGCAGUCUGUACGCUCGCCUUCACGACAGAGGGAAAGCCGUCGCCCGCGGGCGACCGGUUCCCCCUCCACUCACGCUAUCCGAGCGAAUGUCCAUCGCCUUGCAGAUUGCCAAGGGGCUAGCCUACCUUCACGACGGGGCCGACCCUCCCAUCAUUCAUCGGGACAUCAAGAGCAGCAACGUGCUUCUCGGCGAUGGCGAUGGUGGAAGUGGCUAUGGCGGCGGCGAUGGCGGCGGAGGGAGGAAGAAGAAGAAGAUGCAGGUCGUCGUCGCCGACUUCGGUCUUGCGACCAUCGGGGAGAGGGUGUUCGGUACCACCCACGAAUCCAUCAUCAAGACGUCGCACAUAGCCGGGACGUUCGGCUACAUGCCGCCUGAGUACAUGCACUCCGGGAUCCUCUCCGAGAAGAGCGACGUGUACGCCUUCGGAGUGAUCGUCCUGGAGCUGCUGACUGGGCGCCAGGCUGUCGCACAAUCCCCGUCGGGAUUGGGAUGGGAGACCUUAGUGCACUGGGCGGGACCUUUCCUUCGACGAGAGGGUUAUGCUGCUGCUGCUGCGGGAGCAGCAGGCGGAGAGAGAGCGUACGAGAUUCUGGAACCCUGCUUGCGGGAGGAGGUGGCGGGAGGGGGAGGGGGAGGGGGAGGAGUUGCGCUGAAGCAGAUGGUGAUGGCUACCUUGCGCUUGGCGGGAGAUUGCCUCGUUGAGGAUGACGUGGCACGGCCGUCGAUGAGUGGACUGGUGGAGACAAUCAACCGUCUGAUGAUCGAAGCGAAGUUCAACGAUUUCAAGCGAUGAAGCUUCGAUGCAAUGAUUGGUUAUGGAUAAGGAAAGAGAGGGGGUGGGACUUGAUAAGGAAAAAGAGAAAGAAGGGAAGGAAAAAAAAAUAAAAUAUAUAUAUAUAUAUACCACUCUGGAUCUUAGGGCGAGAUCCCACUAGCAAUAGCAAAGAGAUUGGAUUGGAAAACCUGAAUCUGGCCGUGUCUGCGGAGAAGUGCAGAUCAUUCGGGAUUGCUCGGCUUUUCUGUAUCUCGGCGUAAAAACUCGUCCAGAUUCAGGCGCUUAGUCCAAUCUUCUUCGCUAGUGGGAUCCAGAGCAGUUACCGACGGGCCUUAGCACAGUCGGUGCACCCAAUAACUGUUGACAUACUAUUUUAUUCCCCCGAAUACAACGUACGGACAUGAUAGCGUAUGUAUUUGAGGCAUCUUUCAGUCUAGAUACACAGCUAGAAUGACCGCACGUUGUAUUCGGGGGAAGAAGGUAGCCAGGGUUCGAAUCGAACGUACGGGCAUGAUAGCUGUAUGUAUUUGAGGCAUCUUUCAGUCUAGAUACACAGCUAGAAUGACCGUACGUUGUACUCGGGGGAAGAAGUUAGCCAGUGUUCGAAUCGAAUGUACGGGCGUGAUAGCUGUAUGUAUUUGAGGUAUCUUUCAGUCUAGAUACACAGCUAGAAUGACCGUACGUUGUAUUAAUAUUGUUUGACUGGCAAGUUGCUGUGUUCUAUUAUUUCUGUACGUCAUCAAGAAUAAGGAUGAAGAGAACAUGUGGUCCCACCUCUCAUCAUCACCCCAUCCUUCCGUUUUCCAAUGCACUCUUCUCCUGAGUCCCCUCCCCACGGGGCUGGACGUGGUGGAGGUGUCAGUGAAUCAUUGUGAAUGACUAGGGCACCCUACUCAUGGUUGUGUUUGUAUUACUUUGUAAUACUUUGUAUGUCUUUCAUUCGUAGGGCAAUGGCUGGUACUUGCACGACUGCUGCUGCUGCUGCUGCUGCUGCCGCUUUCCACCAAAUCGUCUGUAGUUCGUGCAGGUCAAUGGCCGGUACUUAAACGACUGUGUUAUUGUGUGUGUUUCUGUGUGUUUGUAUGUGUUUGUAUGUGCGUAUGUGACACUGUACGUUGUCAUGUUCGUUACGAUAAACUCCGCUAACAAAG